UCUCUCUCUCUCUCUGUGUGUCGGGGGGAGGGUACGUGCUGGACGCGCGACACGGCUUCUCCUCCCUAAAAUGGAUGAAAUAUAAAACCAAAAGAAAUUAAAAUAAAGAAAACAAACUUAAACACCUCGUGCUCGCUGUUGUGGUUCGUGUUGGACUGAGGCGAAUUCUACUGGAUUCUACUGAGAGUGAAACUUUUCAAUGAACUGCACCAGGGUCCUCCACAUCCUGAGCCCUCGCCCCGGGGGUCCAUCUCCCAUCAUGCCCGUCGACAUGGCCAUGAGGAUCUGCCUGGCCAGCUCUCCUCCUCUGCGCUCCUUCCUCAGUAACUACGACAACCGCUGUUCUUCAUCAGCAUCUGCUCUGUUGGAGCGUUGUGAACCUCUGCGACCCUGUCUGUCCUCUGGUCGCUGUGGAGACAGCUUCAGUAACAAUGUCGCUACGGCAACUGCAACCUCAAAGACAGCGAGCGCAGAGAUGGGCAGCGGCCCGACGUGGCUGAGGAGGAAGAAGAAGAAGAGCGUGGUGUUUGCAGACUCUCGGGGCCUUGCGCUCACCGCCGUCCACGUCUUUAACGAGGCUGAGGACGACACGCUGACAGAGCUGCAGUUCCAUCUGACAGAGAUAGAGGGCGCCACAGUCGGACUACACCUGGGAGACAACAAAGACACUGCAGAGUGUGGUUCAGGCCUGUUUCUGCACUUCACCCAGCCGGCUGCAGACUAUCUGGACCUGAGGAAUCGGCUCAAAGCCCAGCAGGUUUGUCUGGAGACCUGUUCUGUCCAGGAGCGUCUGCUCUCAGGCACUGUUCAGGUCCGAAACCUGAGCUUCGACAAGUCUGUCUCAGUCCGGAUCACCUUUGACUCAUGGCGCUCCUUCCAGGAUGUUGCAUGUCUGUACCUGAACAACGUCUAUGGCUGCCCCGACACAGACACCUUCUCCUUCUCUAUCUCGGUACCGGAGGUCCUCCAACCCUCCAACAGAGUGGAAUUCUGCAUUCAGUACCAGACUCAAGACCAGAUCUUCUGGGACAACAACCACGGGAACAACUACCGGCUGGCGGUGGCAGACCCAAACGGCAGCCUGACCCAGAUCACUGAGAAUACCGCCGGGCUUGAGAUUCAGAGAGACCACAGCAGAGAGAAGAGGGAGGAGAUGGAGUUUGAUCCCUUCGGAAGUCCCAGGACAUCAGCAGGGAUCUUCCCUGAGUGGCAGAGCUGGGGCCGUGUGGAGACCAGCACCCCCUACUGCUGAUCAACAGAAACCUCUCAGGAUAUCCAGAAACAGCUGUCAGGGAAGACCAGCUGCAUGACUUUAAGUCCUGAAACACUGUUCAAAAGACUCAAGAUGCCUAAAACCAGUCCCCCAUUUAGGGUUUGAAAAGAGAGAAUAAUGAAACAAAGGAAAAAUUCCUAUUUUAUGAAUUUGUGCUGACGGCUAAAUAAUGACAACCUCCUGCAGAUUCUGGUUUAAGGUUGUGACACAGUGUUGAAUCCUGUUUGCCUGUUAAACCUCAAUGCCUUCAGGCGCAGUUCACCUAUGAUUCAGUUCAAGAAUCUUUAACUUCUGGACCUUAACAUGAAAACCUAACCUGACCCAGUCUUUGUCUUGAGCAGGGCUGAAUCAAAUUCCCUGCACUUGCAGACUUGUGUCCUCAAGUGGACUCUCUGCGGACUUCCAGAGAUGGAUUAUAGGGUCAAGAUCUCAUUAGUUCUAUCUAUGGCCACGAUUGAGAUCUGAUUACAUCUAUUACCCCGCUGCCAACUUUUUGUGACGACUGUAAGCUCUUCAGACAAAUGGUAUGACCAAAGUCCAUGAGGGCUCAGCAGUCUGCAAGUCCGGGGGUCAUUUGCAUUCAGCCCAACCUGAAAAGUACUUUAAAAGUACUUUUGGGGUCCUUUUCAGGUUCGGUAGAAAUUUUUGUAUCCUUGAACACCUCUAAUUCAUAUUUGACAUCUCAGUCAUUUGAAGAGAUUUACAGCAGGAGAAUGAGAAAAUAAAGUUAAAGUUUCUAAAUGUUUUGAAUGAACUGAAUUCAGAGUGAACUGAGUCGAGUUCUGUCUCAGUGUAACUAAAUCAGAAACUAAACAGACCACAACUCUGUGAAAUUGUAUUGUCCUUUUGAAUUUUGGCUUCUUCUGUUAGUGGAAAACUAACAGAUCUUUUAGCUUUUAAAUUUGGUGUAAACAAUUGUUAUAAUAAAUGAUGGUGUUACAGAGCCAUAAUAAGAACAUUUAUAGGGAAAAAUAUUGGUGUUAAUGACAUCAUGACCAAACGACUGGUGGGGGCAGAGCUUUCAACCACUCAGUCACUUGGUAAUUUUAUAUAACCAGACCUUCACCUUUAUAACUCUGCACAAAAGGGUCUCUAGCAUGGAAACAGAGCUGUAGUACUCAAGUUUGGUCUCAAAAUGCACGUUUUUAAUCUGAUGUCUAUUAGCUCCCGUCUUGAAUCAGACCCUCUUGUCUUGGACUCAAGUGGUCUUGACUGCAGUUCCACCUGGAACCAAUAAGUUAUUGUUACACUGUACUGUACUGAAGAGAGCACCAGUCCUCAUGUCUUCUUAUAUUUUCAGUAGCAGCAGCCGCAGUAUCUCCACUCUACCUAACUUUUAUUGUUGAUUUUUCUCCAGACCUCCCCCAGUUUGACUAAACACAACUAAAUUAAAUGUAACAGACACUAAAAAAUAAUAUGAUUUUAAUGUUUAAUGUAUUGACAGUGACUGACACUGUGAUAAGUGAUCUUUGUCCCGCUGGAUACCAACGGGACAAAGUUGUAAACCGCCUGUAAACUGUUUUUCAAACAGGAUCUUCUUCUCAUAAUUCCUUCCAUUCAGGCUGCACAAACAUUAGAAGAAAUACCAUAACUUCCCUUUAAAUAAGCUUUUAUUUUAUUGAUCCACAGUUUGAGCUGUCUGGGGUCUCAGUCAUCAGUUGCCAGGCAGAUUACAGCAUUGCUGUGACUGGAGAUUAAACUGCAUUCAGUGAAGCCACAAACAAACUGUUAUCGCCGUUCUUACUGUCGUGUUGAUGUUUUAUUUCCUGAGUCGUGAAUGCACUGUUAAGAGGAAUGUAAAUGGAGAGGUCAAAGGUAACUGCAUUCUGAAAGGUUUGACACGCCUUAUUUUUUUUUCCCACCAGCUGUCCGCCAAGUCCCGCCCCUACUGUGCCUCUGAUUGGCUAUCCCUUAAGAAACAACGACUACUGGCCAAUUAGAGGGAAUGCUGGCGGAAAGCUGGCAGGAAGAAAAAUAAUUCGUUUGACAGAUGUUUUAUUUCUUUGUUUUUCUUCCUGUUGGCCUGAAACACUCUUGUUAGCAUGUGGCUAACAAUCUCUGCUGAAGAGGUAUUUCUGUUCCCCUGGUAACGGGUAGUUGAUGAGCGGUUCCAGGAUGUUACUAGGCAUUUUAGUCUCCUACUGUAGUCUUGUUGUCAUGGUAUCUGCUGUAGAUGGAGAGGUAAAUAUAAGCCUGCACUUCCUGUUAUCUCCUGUAGCCAUAAUAACCUUUACUAAGCUAAAAAACACUUCCAGUGCUCUUACCCUGUGUGUGUGUGUGUGUGUGUGUGUUUAUAAAGCAUGUGACAGGAAGUUUUGGAGACUGAAGGGAAAUGUAAAGUGAAGUGUGUAAAGUGAAUCUGGGACUUCAUGUUUGUGUUUGAUGAACGGCUGCUGGAGGCCUCGUGCUGCGUUCAAGUCACGUCAGAUUUAUUAAGGUGAGGUUCAUGUGACUGCUAGCGAAAUUAUUGUGUUCUCUUAUAAACACUGGCUGUUUAUUUGACCAUGUUGUUAUAUGAGUUUUUAUGUUAAAUGUUACGAUGGAUAUGUUUCAGUAUGAAUUGGUUAUUGAAUAUUAUGUUUGUAUUUUUACUGCAGCAGUUUGUAGCUGUUUCCUCGUCAUCAUUAGCCUGUUUACUGUGUGGGAGACGUCCUGGAUACUAAACGCUCAGUGAAGCAGCUGCAGGAAGUUAACCAGACAAACCAACCACUGAAGGUGCUCACAUCACAGCUGAAAAACAACAGCUGUACUAAACACAGCAACCUUAGCUACAAUGCUAAUGCUGCUAGCAGUAGAUGGCUCCGUCUUUGUAACAAACCUGGAAGCUGUAUGCUGCAUGCUGAUAUUUCACCAAGUGAAUAUCUUCCUGUCUGAUCUGAGGUCAGUUUAUCGUACAGUUCUGAAACUCACAAACACAAGUCAUGAGUUUUUCUUCCAUCUUUCACUUCCAGCAGUGGCCAACAGUGAUUGGCUAAGCCCACAAAAGUCAAAGCAGCUCGGGUCAAAGUUGAAGAUUAUUAAUUAAUUAUUAAUCGGGUCCUUGAGUCUCCUGUGGGCGGGGCUAAUCAGCAGCAGUUGGAGUUCUGAGUUAGGAAGCUAAGUUAGCUCUUUUCUUCAUUCUGACGUGACCUGAACGUAACAUUUUAGCUAGCCACCAGCCAGUGUUAGCUCAUGCUAACUUAACGGAUAUGAUUAAUAGCACUUAACUUGGCUAGCCAGCGAGCUAGCUGCCUGCUAGCAUUAGCGACUGUACUGUAAGGCUGUAUUGUAAAGUGCAAUGUAACGAUGAUGUUCUGAUGAAGCAGGAAGUGAUGUAAGCAGGAAGUGACUGACUUUUCCUUUUGUGUGUGUCCUUUCAGAAUAAAAGUCUAAAGUUUAUAGUGUUUAAA